AUUUCGGCCAGUCAAACAUGAAAUGUGAUUUUACAAUUUCUUUAAAAUAUAAUUGAAUUUGAUAAUUUUUAAAUAUGUAUAUGGAUAGUCUUAACUUCUCUUACGCAUUUUAGAAGUAGAAAAUGAGUCAAAACCAAGCAAAGAAGGAUGAGCAUAAAAAGAAAGAUGAAAAGAAAAGUCCAGAAGAAAACAUGUCGGAGAUCGACGAACACAUUCUCAAGAGGUUUGACAUAAAGAAAAGAUUGGGCAAAGGAGCGUAUGGCAUAGUCUGGAAAGCUAUUGAUAAAAAGAGCAAAGAUGUCGUGGCCAUUAAAAAGAUAUUCGACGCAUUCAGGAACCAAACAGAUGCCCAAAGGACCUUUCGAGAGAUUAUAUUUCUACAAUCAUUUCGGAACCACCCAAAUAUUGUAAAACUUCACAGUAUUCACAGGGCUGCUAAUAACCGUGAUAUAUACCUUGGAUUCGAAUAUAUGGAAACUGAUUUACAUAAUGUGAUUAAAAGGGGAAACAUUCUCAAGGACAUACAUAAACGAUAUAUUAUGUACCAAAUGCUGAAGGCUACGAAGUAUAUACAUUCCGGAAAUGUCAUACAUAGGGAUCAGAAACCGAGCAAUGUCCUCAUUGAUAGCGCUUGCAGAGUAAAGUUAGCUGAUUUCGGGUUAGCAAGGUCGGUAUCCUCGAUAUACUCUGGUGGUGAAGAAGGUGCUGAUCCUUGCUUGACUGAUUACGUCGCAACAAGGUGGUACAGAGCACCUGAAAUACUCAUAGCUAGUAAGAAUUACACAAAAGGCAUUGAUAUGUGGUCUUUGGGAUGUAUCUUGGGAGAGAUGUUAACUGGAUCCCCCCUCUUCCCGGGAACAUCGACCGUUAAUCAGAUAGAAAGGAUCAUGGCUGCUCUGCCCAGACCCUCGUCAGAAGAUAUCGCAGCGGUUUGUACUGGCUACGGCUCCUCCUUAAUUAAAGAGCAAGCGAUAGGCAAAGGCGCGGGGUCAUCUCUGACGUCACUUCUGUCAUGUGCCCCUCGAGAUGCAGCAGACUUGGUUCAAAGACUGCUAGUUUUUAACCCGGCUAAGAGAUUGAGCGCAGAACGCGCUUUGCAUCACGAAUAUGUAUCUAAGUUCCACCGCGAACGUGACGAGCCAUCUCUCCCGUCAGACGUGCUUCUUCCCCUUCGGGAUGACAAACAGAUGUCAGUCAAUGACUACAGGAAUAAAUUGUACAGCAUCAUGGCUAAGGGGUUUCUAGGGAGCCCUCAGCUACGAAAGAGUCAUUCGAGCGUCAAAACUCACGUUCAUACACCUGUGAAGUCUAAAAGUUUUCAAGAUACUGAAGUGAGGCACAAGAAGCUAAUAUCAUCAGCGGACCCCAAGCCUCGGACCAAAUCUAAAACCUUGGAACGACCGAUCAAGGAAUUUCGAUCUUAUCAAACAAUAGCAGAGAAGGAGAAAUUGGGUAAGCCAGUGAAAGCGACCAAACCGUUCGAACACGACUGGUUAGGCAACUGCCGAGGGGACUAUCUUGAAGCCAAAGAGAAGAAACCAAUGAAUUUUAUCACUAAGGACUUCUUUCCGAUUCGCCAUAGUCCUUCCGAAUCCAAAAAGAACGUUCAGCAAAGAAGAAAUUCCACGUCCUUCUCAACAAUUACAAUUGGGGACUCGGAACUCAGCUUCGGUAAGAGUUCAAAACAUGGAGUCAUCACUGCAAGCGCUUUAAUGGACCUUAGAACGAGCAUACGAUGAGAAGCACCAAACAGUGAUGUUAUUGUCCAUACAUUCUUUUAUUUAACAAUGUUAAUAAUUUUAUUGAAAUUGGUUUGAAACGAUAAACUGCCUUUUAAAAAAGUUCCAUAUAUAACGAUUUUUCUUUAAAUUAGUGUAUGUCGCUUUAUCAAUUAUGUUUAAAAACUGUUCUUAUACAAGAUUUUUUAUUUUAAAUAGAAAGCUUUAUUCACAGUGGCGGAUUAACGAAUUUUGAAGGUAGAGGAUAAGAAAUUUGUGCCGCCCUCGCCUCUUCACUGGUCAUGUCCUAGAUUAUUUUUACAAUCCAACAAUUUCGAUGAAAUUACACUUAAAGUAAUGUUUGGGUUUGGUUUGUGUAUAUAUCAUUUUGUUUUUGAGCAAAAAUUUAUACAAACCAUCCCGUUCGCAUUCUCCAACCAGUAAGCAAAUAUUAUUACAGACCAUAAAACAUUAGUAAACGACACAAUCUGUUAGACUUCUAAUAGAUAACAAAAAAAACCCUCCCCAAAUUUACCGCCCAAGGCAAAGCCUAUUGAGGCUGAAUAAAUUCGCCACUGUUUAUUCGUGCUGACAUUUGACAUAUUAACGUUUUUGAACCGACUUAAUAAACAAAGGAAGGGGUCAUUGACCACUGUGUGUAACUUUUGUUUUUUUGUAUAGUCACUCCAAUUUCGUUAAAAUAGAAAAAUGAGUUGGGUCGAGAAAGUUCUUAAUUUUACUCAUUUUAGUUGUUGUUCACAAACUCGUUUCGAUUAUAUGUUUUGAUAUUAAAUACCUACUGAUAUUUUUAUAUCGGUAUAUUCAGACGAUCGGAAUAAGUUUUUAAACGGCUGACGAUGGACCAUUUGGUUGAUAAAAAUAAUCUUGUUAACGUUAGAUAUAUUGAAUUAGUUAUAUAGACUAUCGUGUGAUAGAGACUAUACUCGUAGUUUGCCGAAAUGCAUUCACAUGGACCAAUAUUAUUGUAACACUGCCAUACCGCAAUAAUAUACCAUUUCAAUAAUUCAUAGACAAAGAUGUUUAUUGCCUAUAUUAAGUCUGCUCUCUAUGAAUGUAAUAAUCUAUGUCUAACAUUUCCCAUGUCAAUUUAAUGUAUUAUAUAAACUUGCGCCAUGCAACCAAGUUGUAGAUUCCUAUCAGUUUAUUUAAUAUUCCAUAUUACUAUGGACAGAAUCCUAUCUGUCAAACGUUACAUAGAUAAUAGUUUACUAGUUAAAUUUGACUUGAGUUUGAAUUUAAAAUGUGGAAUGCCGAGCACCACAGCAAUGUUUAAAAAUCAUGAAUAGAAUAAGACAAAUUUUUGUUUAAUUUCUAUAGACUCGUAAGGUUUUUAGAUUUGCCGUUUGAUACGUAAUAAAAUUUUAAAUAUU